AUGGCGCGUUUGAUACUGGUGGCGGUUCUGCUGUGGGCCACCAGCUGGACGGCCCGCGCCCAAGGUCUGCUCGUCUCCAAAAGCGCCGCCUCCCUCGGCGCGUCCGGCACCAUUUUGACCCUCGCCGCGCUGUACGAAAAGUCAGAGGCCUGGAAGUCCGCCUUCCGCCGCAGCCCCGCCUCGGCCUGCUCACAGAACGGCCAGACGCUGUGCUCCGCGGGCUCGUCCCAGGAUGCGGCCGCGUACGGCCAGCUGGUCGUGGCGACGAGCCCGCUGACCUACAGCUCAGCCAGCCCGUCCGACACCGGCGGCCUCGACCUGAUCCCCUCCGCUCGCGACCAGCGCCCCUGCGCCGCCUGCACCGGCUUCGCGGUCGCGUCCGCGGCGCAGGCCGCGAUCGCGGCGGCCGCGCGCGUCAACGCGUCGGCGGUCGAGCCGCUGUCGCCGUCGGACCUGCUGUACUGCUCCCCUGGGGCCCCCACGUCGUGCUCUGCGGGGUGGACCCUAAUCGACGUCCUGAAGCAGCUGACCGAGCGCCGCAUCGCGCCGGAGGCGUGCCAGCCCUACGACCCGCCCUCCAUCGACGGCGACAAGCCCGCGUCGUGCGGCCUCGACUGCAAGGCCCCUGAGGCGCUGCAGAGCAAGGUGCUGGCCACUCAGGGAACGUUUGCCUACCAGAGCCUGAGCGACGAGUGGUCCAUCUGUCAGCACAUUCGUGACUACGGCGCUGUGGUGUCGCGGUUCGACAUCAUGUCAGACUUCAAGGCUUUCUUCAGCGACCCCUCCAAGGCAAACGCCAUUUAUCGUGCGAAGCCGGGCGCCACGCUGGCAGAGACGCACCCGGUGCCGCUGGCGGGCGACGCGUUCGAUGCAUCACAACAGCGAGCGGCGCGGGACGGGGGCCCUGGGCGGCCGCGUGGCCGCGGCGGGCUGGUCCAGAAUUCUUGGGGCCCGUCCUGGAAUAUCAACGGGCGCUUCAAGGUGGCGUUCAACCAGUGUUCCCUGGCCACGCCGCCCGACCUGUUUGGCAUCACUUGGUCGCCCAACAAGGGAUCACAGAAGGUGUGGCCGCCGCCGGGGCUGGUGCCCAACAAGACUUGCGUCGGCGGGUACACAUACCUGGCCCAGUCGUCGGACUACCUGUCAGGCAUUGCGGAGCGCUACGACGUGAAGCUGCAGCGCCUGCUGCUCGAUAACGUCGCCACCAUCGGCGAUCUUGACCACCCGCUGACCGGCAAGAGGCUGCUGCUCUGCGGGAUACAGUCACCUUUGGAAAAGCUGUCCACGCGAGCCAAGGCCGCUGUCGCCGGCGGCACGUUUGGCGUCUCUUGGGGUGGGGCCUGGUUCUUGAGCAUAUACAACCUCGGGGUGCUGACGGCACUGCGCGACAUGGGGCUCGUCACCAACACCACCAAGAUGAGCGGCGUGGCGCAGCUGACGAUGGGCACCAUGGAGGACGCCCUGCGCGCGGCCAUGAAGCAGUGGAUCAUCCCGCCCGAUGCGUGGAAGCGCUGCCGCGACGUCUGCUACGUGGGGCUCGCGGCGCAGGGCGCAAAGUCCGCCAGCAUGGACCCCAUGGCUGGCGGCCUGCGCUACUUCGACGUCACCGAUUUCACGUGCGCCUGGGAGAUCCGAGAGAUAUGA